UCAACGCCCACGUGGCGAGCUCGCUGGUGCUCAUGUACGCUGCCAGGGGCGACGGCGUGAUGGCGCGUGCGCUGCUGGACGUGCAGCCUGCCGGAGGUGGCGGCACGCCCGUUGUGUGGAAUGCGCUUAUGUCCGGCCACAAGAGAAGCAGGCAGUUCAGGUUGUCAUGCUGCUCAUUCCUGGAUAUGGUGAGGGCUGGCGUUGUGCCCACGCCGGUCACCUACAUCACAGUGCUGUCGGCAUGUGGCAAAGGCAACGACGUCCUGCUCGGAAUGCAGCUGCACAAGCGCGUCAUUGAGAGCGGGGUGUUGCCUGACCUCAAGGUGGAGAAUGCGCUUGUUGGUAUGUAUGCCGAGUGUGGCGAGAUGGAAGCAGCUUGGGAUUUGUUUGAGGUCAUGCAGGUGAGGAACAUUGUGUCCUGGACGUCGGUAAUCUCUGGGUGUGUAAGACUAGGCCAGGUUGAUCGAGCCAGGGUACUCUUUGAUCGUAUGCCUGAGAGGGACACCGUCUCAUGGACUGCGAUGAUUGAUGGUUAUGUACAAGCUGGCCAGUUCCGAGAGGCAUUGGAGAUGUUUCGUGAGAUGCAACUUAGCAAGGUGAGGGCAGAUGAGUUCACCAUGGUCAGCAUAGUCACGGCAUGCGCGCAGCUUGGUGCUUUAGAGACAGGGGAGUGGGCUAGAAUUUACAUGAACAGACAUGGGAUCAAGAUGGAUACUUUUGUUGGGAAUGCGCUCAUAGACAUGUAUUCAAAGUGUGGGAGCAUCGAGAGGGCAAUGGACGUGUUCAAUGAGAUGCACAGUGGAGAUAAGUUUACUUGGACCGCUAUUAUACUUGGUCUUGCAGUGAAUGGCCAUGGUGAGGAGGCUAUCAAUAUGUUUGACAGGAUGCUUAGGGCGUUUGAAGCUCCAGACGAGGUGACCUUCAUUGGCGUUCUCACUGCCUGUACUCAUGCUGGCUUGGUUGACAAAGGACGAGACUUCUUUCUCAGCAUGACUGUGACCUACAGGAUUGCUCCUAAUGUGAUGCAUUAUGGAUGCAUGAUCGACCUCCUUGGGCGAGCUGGGAAACUAAGAGAAGCAUUGGAGACAAUAGGUAAAAUGCCCAUGAAACCCAGCUCUGCAAUCUGGGGGACCCUGCUGGCAGCUUGUAGGGUCCAUGGUAACUCAGAGAUAGGUGAAUUGGCAGCAGAACGUCUCCUUGAGUUGGAUCCAGAGAACAGUAUGGCCUACGUCCUUUUGUCCAAUCUGUAUGCAAAAUCUAAUAGAUGGGGAGAUGUCCGGUGGCUUAGGCAGGUAAUGAUGGAGAAAGGAAUCAAGAAAGAGCCUGGUUGCAGUCUUAUUGAAAUGAAUGGCACAAUUCACGAAUUUGUAGCUGGCGAUAGAUCUCAUCCUAUGAGCGAAGAAAUCUAUUCUAAAUUGGACAAGGUACUCACGGAUUUGAAGAAUGAUGGAUAUGUACCUGAUGUAACCGAGGUCUUUGUUCAAGUCACAGAAGAAGAAAAACAAAAAGUUCUUUAUUGGCACAGCGAAAAGUUGGCUGUCGCUUUUGCAUUACUCGUAUCAGAAUCCAGUGUGACAAUAAGGAUCGUGAAAAACUUGAGGAUGUGUUUAGACUGCCACAAUGCAAUUAAAUUGAUCACCAAGUUAUAUAUGAGAGAGAUUGUUGUGAGGGACAGGACACGCUUCCAUCAUUUUAGACAUGGACUCUGUUCUUGUAAGGACUAUUGGUAACUCAUCAUGCAUCGAUGAUGUAAAACAAGUUAAUAUCAGUUGUCCUAAAGUCUGAGUGAUCACUCAGUGAUUAACAAGCAUUUUUUGUUUCAAAUGAUGCACUGGUUGCAAAUCUGUACUUCAGAAGACGAAGUGAUAAUUAAGACAAUAUUCUCACACCAAUGGAAGCCAUACAUGUUAAGUUAUCAUUUGGGAUCAUCCCCAAACAUCUUGGCCUAAUCUUCUCUGUUGCUGAAUGAUGAUUGUUAUAUUGACAGUUUGGCGCAACAUCUAUUAAAAGAAAGCUGAUGAUCAUGGUGCAACAGCGUUCUGCCAUUCACUUGGUAGCAAAUCUGGGUGUCUGCUGAAGCUUUACUGUUUGGUGCUUAGUGAAACCAGGGACGAGAAGCCACAGAAGCCACUAAAGGCGAGCCUCGGGAUACCAAGCUCUCUUGCGACGUCACCGGUCCACCAAUGCAUCGUGUCAGAUAUGAUGCAGCUCGGAGGCGACUGCUGCUGCUC